GCCAGUGCGCCAACCGGAGCGGCAGCUGCUGCGACUGGACGUGCCAGGACGUGCCACUGGAGUCCUCGGAGAGCUGCCGCGGCCGUGGGCAGGCGGGGACACGUGCGACGGCGCCGCGGCGACCUCGAGGAGUGCCUGGGGAGCGGCUGCCACGGCUGGAUGGCCGGGGGCGGGUGCUGCGCGGCCAAGGCUGACUGCCUCCUGGUGGCGGCGGGGGACAGACACUUCUACACGUCGUGCGAGGCAGCGGCGAACGCAACCCGGCGCGCCGAGACGUGCCCCGGCAUUCAGGACGUCUGCGAGUGCGGGAGGAAAGGUUGUUUCCCCCAGGAGGUCGGAAAUGGGGAGUUCGCCUGCUUCGGGGACUAUCAGGGGGUGGCGGGCAGGAUGAUCCGUCCAGAGGAGUGCGAGGGCUUCUCUGGCGGCGGAAAGAUUCCUGGACCCCGACCUGCAGACCAGAUCACGGACACGCCGAUCCAAUAG